CGUUCGUGCCGCCGCAAUUUAUUCUGAUAAAAGAGAUUUCUAUUCUUCUUCAAUAAUUAUUGAUAAAUUAAUUCAUAUAUAAAAAAGGUGCCCUUUAAAAAUUUUACAACUUGCUAGUUCAAGGAAUAAAUUUAUAUAUACAUUGAGUUUGUUUUUUUUAAAUAAAGAACUAAUUUACGUGGAGAAUUUCCAAAGGAACUUAUAAAAAAGAAAAAUCAUGAGUCAAUAAAAAAUAAGUUCGUUGCAAGAACGUUCAAUUCCCGAACUUAAUUGUUUGAAGCUGACAUGUUGAGCCAUUUAAAGUGCUGCUUAAAAAAGUAAUCAAAUAAUCUAACAUCCAAUGCGAACAAGUUGAGGUAAUCUUCGUUUAAAUAAUAUAUACAGGGAUCAGGAAUACACAGCAUAGAUUCUAGAAAAUUUGCUUUUAUUUUAUUUGUUUUUUAUUAAUAAACCUCAACAAACGCUAUUUAUUUAAAUAUAAAAUUAAGAUGUUCGCAACAGAUUUAAAAAUUUUAACAUUAACUACAAAUGAUGUAAAGAGCGAGAAUAAUUCGCCAAUGAUAAGAUAUCAAAAACAACAAAAUUUAUCACAAAAAUAUCAAAACAAUAAUGUAAUACACCAUCACAACAACAAUAACAAUAAUAAUAGCAACAAUAGAAAGAAAGUUCCAAAAGUCCCUGUAGUAAAUAGUAACAAUAACGCAAAUAAGAAUCAUCACAAUACCAAUAGUCAGUCUUAUGCAACGAACAAUCACAAUCAUAAUCACAAUCGCAAAAAACUCAAUAAUCAUCAAUUAAAUAAUAACACUUGCACUACAAAAUCAAAUAGCAAUAUGAUUAAAAAUCAAAACACUCACACACCCACAAGCGGUGGUAGCAACGCCAAUAUAGUUAUUAAAAAUAACACAAAUAACCUUUGCAGUGAUCGUGAUCAAAUCGUGGUACCAAAAAGCCGCUGUGAUAGCUUAGUCAGUAAAAAUAUUGCAAGUGACCUAAUCUCUACGUCAACGUUUCAAAAACCUUCAACUAGCUCAAAUUCAUUAGUUUCGUCGUCUUCAUCUUUGUCGUCAUCAUCAUCGUCAUUAUCCUCCUCAACUAAUAUUGGUAAUAAUAGUAGUUUUAAUAAUAACAGUAAUAAUAAUAAUAAGGGCCGAGUAGCGAUUCGAUUUGGCACUACUGUAUCGAAUCAUCAGCGCAAAAAGUCACAACAAAUUGAAGAAGAUAUUAAUAGUAAAAAGUCUCCAAUUCCCAUAAUGGUGGUCAGUACCAGUGGGGGUUCGAAUAAUAAUUAUCAACAACUGCCAGCUGUUUUCACAGCGCCCAUUUGCACAACAUCGAGUGCUCCUUCAUCUGCCCCUGUCUCACCGAGCUCGUAUUCUCUCGAUUUUUUACAUUCGGUUGGUGUACAAAUGGCGGGUGGUGCAGAUCCUCGUCAUUUGGGGAAUAACCAUCAUCAUCACGUUUAUAGCAAUAGUGCUACGGUAUCUCCUGCUCGAAGUGCACAUAAUAUGAUUGUUCAAGGCCAGCGAAUAAUCUACCAGGACAUACCUCCUCCAGAAAAACGAACCCUCCUCCUAGACCAUACCCAACAUAAGUAUAGUCCGAAAGUUCAUUCGCCUACAUACAGUGACUAUCAGAGCUAUGAUAUUCCGAUUCUGAUAAACCAGAAUCAUCAUCCUGGAGGCGAUUGUUUUUCCUCACCGUACAACUACCCGCCAUUAAACAACAACUACAAACGCAACAGCUUCAUUCCCGUUUCCUACCCAUACCAAAAAUCACACAAUGAAGGUUAUGCGAGUGGAAACAAUACACCAAACCAAACGUACAAUCGAAACAGAAAUCAAUCGAAAGCGUGGAACAAUGGCAAUGCUAACGCGCACAAGAAUGCUUCCAACGGAAUGCCGAAACACAAUGGGGAAUAUGCCAAUUCCAAUUCAAACUCCCAAAAUAUGAAUCGCGUUAAAAACCAUCAAAACAUUAGGAACCUAACCUAUGUGACAACAGAUUCCAAUAAUAACAAGUAUUUGGAUGGAAGCAGUAGAUCGCAAUCAUCCAGUCCAAAAUCAGAGAAUCCGGUGGCGAUUAAUAACAAGGCAACAAACAAAUCUGAGUGUCCACCGCCUGUGAAUACUCUCACUCAGAUUCCAGGAAAAGGCGAAACAUUAAAUGCCGUUGAUAUCGCACACUAUCGGGUCGCAAGCGAAGGUUAUGAAUCGGAUUCUUCGAAUUCCAGUUGCGGCAAAAAAGCCAAUGCAGGACAUCGUAAUUUUCUCUCCUCUUCAUCUUCGUCAAUAUCGUCUACGGAAAUUCCUUAUCAACCACCCUCGAGUAUUGGUUUUAAUUUCCCAACAUCGUUUACCGAAGAAGACGUUAUGCAGACUUUUUAUGGAUCAGAACAUAACUUGGCGCAUUUAUUGCCGGCAUUGCAUGCCCAAUUUAUGUGUAGUGCUCAUGGAAUCUAUCCUCAAAAUGAAAAUUCAACCGAAUUCCAACAACAACAGCACCAACAUCAACAACACCAACACCAUAAAAAGAGUCAAACACAUCGCAGUUCUUAUCGAGGAGGAAGAGAUAGAUUUCUUGCCCGAUCGCAUCUCGUUGAAAUAAAAGAAGUUCCUCGUACAUUGCUGACGUGUUCAAAGUGGGAUAAUUUAUCACAAGGCAUUUGGAACAAAUUUAUUAAUGCACAACAAACUGAAGACACAUUCAAGAGGAAAAUGAAACUUUGGCGAUAUUUGUACAUUAUUGUAAAGAAUGCGUAUCCCCGGCUUGGCCUUUAUUUAGUUGGAUCCACAAUGUCAGGAUUUGGUGCGGAUACAUCUGAUAUUGAUAUGUGCCUUGUAUCACGAGCAAUGUCUAAUAUAGACCCAAGAAUGGAAGCUUUAUUUAAUUUAACUCUUUUAAGAGACUGUUUAAUCAAGACUGGGGAAUUUGAAAAAUUCAAUUUAAUUGGAGCUAAAGUUCCUAUUCUUCGAUUUAAGGAUAGAGUACAUAAUCUCGAAGUUGAUUUAAAUUUUAACAAUUGUGUUGGAAUCAGAAAUACACAUUUGUUGUUUUGUUAUUCUCAACUCGAUUGGAGACUGCGGCCGCUUGUACUUGUUAUAAAACUAUGGGCUCAAUAUCACAACAUCAACAAUGCUAAAAACAUGACAAUAUCUAGUUAUUCUCUAGUGUUGAUGGUUAUACAUUUUUUGCAAUGUGCUGUUAGUCCACCUGUAUUGCCUUGUUUACACGAAAUGUAUCCUGAUAAAUUUACCUUAAUUCAUCGAUCAAAUGAUUUCGGUCAUGUGGACAUGAAUGAAACAAUGGCUCCAUAUGAUUCUCAGAAUACUCAGCCAAUAGGACAGUUGUUCCUUCAAUUUCUUCAAUACUACAGUAAUUUUAAUUACUCUCAAUUCGCUAUUUCUAUAAGAACAGGAGCAUUAAUUCCAGUCGAAUAUUGCCGUCAAGCAAAAUCAUUGAAAAAUGACAUUCAUCAAUGGAAGGAGUUGUGCAUAGAAGAACCAUUUGAUCUCACAAAUACUGCCAGAUCUGUGUACGACUAUGAUACAUUCGAAAGGGUGAAACUAGUAUUUAUAACCUCAUACAGAGUGCUACAGGAAACACUUGAUAUAAAUUCUAUAUUCACACCACUUGUUCCAGUUUGGCCAGUACAAGAAAACUAAAUUUUGCGCACCAGCACCAUAAAAGUGCUUUCGCAAAUACCAAACAAAAAACAACAACAACACCAACAAAACAUCAGCAAACAAGAAUGAUACAAAUGAAAAAAGAUAUCACCAUUCGUGUUGAAUGCAUAAA